AUGUCUUUAAAAUUUUUUUUCAAUAAAAAUAACGAAAAAGAAUUUAAAAUGGUUCUAGAAGAAGAUAAAAUUAAAAAAGAAUUAUCUAAAAUCGAAGAUAAACAAAAAGAACAAAAAAAUAAUAUUCUAGAAGAUGAACAAAAAGAAAUCGAAAAUGAUAAUAAAGAAUAUUUAUCCAUUUCUCAUUUCUUUGGUAGUGAUUAUAUCAUCUUUAAUUUUAUCAAAGAUAAAUCUGUAAAGAUGGAAAUUCGCAGAAACUGUGAAAGUGUUAAUAUUCUUGAUAAAAAUAAAAGUUACAAAUACGAAGAAAUCAUUGGAAUCGAUGAACUUAAUCGAUUUUCUAUUUCUUUUACUUUUAUGGGUAAUGACAUCAAUCCGUUCAGUUUCUCUAAUGGAUUAGCAUAUGCUGCUUAUACAUAUGGAAAAGUUUUAAUUGAAUAUAAAGAAAAAUGGGAAGAAGCGAGAAAAAUGUUUAAAAUUGCAAUUUUUAAAGGUGGAUAUAUUGAUGCAGUUUAUAAACUUAAAGAAUAUUUUGAAGAAGAUAUUCUUUUAUUCUAUAAAGAAAAAUUUGAAAAAGGAGAAAUCAAAGGUUUUGAAUGUUUCCACUAUGCUGGAAUUCUUCUUGCUGAUAAAAAUAUUAAUGAAGAAAGAGCAGAUUAUAUUAUGGAUAUUUUACUUUUUGGUGUUGAGAAUUUUAAAGAUAGAAAUUCUCUUUCCUUAUAUCAUGAAAUGUUAGAAGGAGAUAUGGGUUCGGGUAAACAUUGGGAAAACAAAGAAGAGAUUGAAAUUAUGUUCAAAGCAAAUUUCAAUAAAGAAGGGGAAAAUGUCGGAUCUAUUAAUAAUAUUCUUCUUGAAAAAUUUAAAAAGGAAGUAAAAUAUAAUCCUGUCGAGAAUAUGAAUUCUAGAUCUCUUGCAGAAAUUUUAAAAUAUAAUAAAAAAGAUGAUGAUAUGGAGGAAGAUAGUUUUGAUACAUUGGUUGGUUAUGAUUUAAAUGAAUUGAAAGAAAAAGGUUCUGAUGCCUUUAUGGGAAAUUUAAUAUUUGGAAAUAGAAAAAAUAAUUAA